AUGUCGCGGCAGCCGACGCCAGAUCAAAGACAUCCACAGCUACGACAAUGGCCGAUAGCGAGAAUCAUCAACAAGAGAUAUACGGAUCAGGGCGUCAUCGAGCUCAAAGCCGAGUGGCAGCCCACAACAGUGCGCUCCUCGCAGGUCUCGACCGACGAAGACAACACUAUUUGGGUCGACAUAGACGGCGAACGGACCAAGGGAGUCAGGAGGCGUGUUCAGGUCGGCGUGCAUGAAGGCUCCGGUGAAGAGUUGUGGUCCAUCGAAUGGAAGUCGACAUGGAGAAGUGUGUGGGGCCUGGCGGGGGCCAUGAACGCUGUCUCCGAGUAUCAGGAAAUGCAUCUCGAUGAUGUGAGGAGAAAGGAGGGUAAAUGGUGGCGCGUGUCAAACCUUGGCCCUUUGGUGCAGCCGGCAGAGGGCGAGCCAGCACCUGAAACGCUGUUGGAUCUUGUCGAUGGGCGCUACCUCGUGCCCGAGCGAGGCAGAGACUACACUCUUGCCAUCUCUGCAAACUUUUUUGGAUCGCUUGAUGGCAUGGCGUCAAAGGCCUCGGUGCGGUAUCUGAAUAUGCCUGUGAGGCAGAGACUUGUCUUUACGGACACAUACAUUGAGUCUCUCGAGUCGAGCAGAAAAAAGGGCAUCAAUUUGCGAUCCCAUCUGCGACUCUUGUUAAUCUACGUGACCGGACUGGCCCGAGGUGUUGACAUGUGCACGCGAUGUGAAGCAGGAUAUGGGCCACUCCCCAAAUGUGUGAUUGACGAUACGGCGGCAGCAGGAACUUGUGUCAAUUGUGCAAUAUCGAUCUCUGAGACAUCGAAUUGCCAGUGGUGGCAUCACAAUCGGCGUGGCGACCGGCCGUCACUCUGGAACCCCGCGCUUUUGGAAGCUGACCCAAGUGCAGAUGAAGGAGCUGGUUCAAGUGCAAAUGGAGAAGCCGUGGAGCAAGCACAGCGUCCAGAGGCAGCGAACUCCAUCCGACCUGAUUCAGCAGGUUUGCUCGUGAGUCCGGACACUGCAGACCAUGCAGGCCCAGCGCAUCGCGAUGAAGAUCCAAUUCAGGCAGGCGGCGCGACGCCCGUCGGAUCUUCCUCUACUCUUGGCAGGCAGGAUCCGUCUACAGCAUUUGUCACGCCUGAAUCUGCGAGGACUGAAGACCAAGGCAUUUGCGACGAUCCUCGGGACUCGAUAACCAAACCAAAGCUCGAGAGCCCAAGCGCCGAGCACCGCAAGCAAUCGUCGGAACCCACGCCUGGCCCCUCGAAAAGACGUCGACGCGAUGCACGAAUGAAGAGUCCUUCGUGGAUCGGCAAGCACCGCACUUGCACCAGCGCGCGAUUCGGUCGUCCAUGCCGAGACCCUAUCGUCGGAGCGUGGGACACACCUUCUGAUGAACCGGUGCGAGUGGAGCGAAACCGUGUAUUCGCAUAUGGAGAAGCCAGCGAUCGAGACGUCAAUGAUGUCCUGCGCUGCUGUCCGUGUGACCAGGCAGAGGCGCUCGAAGAAAUGUAUCAGCUGUACUUGGAGUCCCAAUUGACGGCGAUGAGUGAUGAGUCGUUGCUGAGCAAGGCGGAGUGCAUCGCGAAGGUCUGGUAUGAAGAGCUCAACCAGGCCGUGAGGCUGUAUUGUCCGGCUCCUGGGCAGCCAUCUCCUGAUGCGCCAGAGUGUAUUGAGCUAGACUGAAUGGGGCCGUUCUGCUCAUGAUGGACAUAUGGGAAGUUGUCAGUGGCCGUUGCAAGGGCGAAAACGUCCAGGUCGUGUUUGUUGUGCUGUG